AUGGUUAACUCACAUGGAAUACGGUAUAUUCGGUUGAAGCAGGUCUUUAAUCGUGCAUUGGACCAAUCGAUUUCGAAAUUACAGAGUUGGGACAAGGUCAGUUCAUGCUUCCCGCAAUAUGUGAAUAGCAAGCAGGGCGCUAUAAACGUCGCCAAUUGUCAGCGCCAAUUAACGGAAUUCUGGACGGAGCUUUGUCAACGAGAGUUUAAAGAAAUUAUGGAAGAACGAAACGUCGAGCAGAAACUAAAUGAGUUGGACGAACUGAUUUUGGAGGCUAAAGAACGUUACACGGAUCGUGAUCAAGAUGAAGUAAACAAAGGGCCCGCGAUCGAUGAGCUCUCCAGCAAAGAGCUUGUGGAAUGCCAUUUAUACAGCCAACGGAUGCAUGCCAUACACGAGAUAGACGAGCGGCUUGCGAAAGUGAAUGAGAUGAACGACCAGUUAGCCCAGGAGUUGAAAGACUUAGAGACGCAAGUAGAGGUAGAGAAAAACGAAAUUGGCAAGAUGUACGAUGAGUACCUGGGCUCCCACACGGACCAACCGGCCAACGUGCUGCUGGUACAGAGCCUCAAUGAUAUGGUCUUGGAAUUGAAGGAAAACUAUUGA